UAUCGCUCCCGUCCUGCGCGCCACUCGAAGCUGUAGAUGCCAGGAUGAUCGCACUCACCAGCUAGAUGUGCCAGGUUGGAGUAUUAGCUGCCUUAGAGGAGGGGUCAUCCUGCCAGGGGCGGCACAGAGACACACAGGGAUGCAGAGCCGUCUGGAGUCACCGGGGUUUGUGUAAGCCGCUGGAGGAAAGCUCUUCACUGGCCCCAUCUAUACACGUAAGGCUGCACAAGGGGUUGCCCAUUUCCACAGUCUAUCUAACUCUUCGGAGGCUCCAUUGUGCUGGACCCAUGAGGCAUAUCCAGAUGGACCCAGCACCCAAGGAGGAGGAGGAGGAGGAGGAUGGUGGAGAAAACAGCCACUCAACAUCUGCGGACUUAACCUCUCCAGGCCAGGCUGCGGUUCUCAAUGCUGUUCAGGAUUGCAGGGUGCUGGUGGAAUACCCUGAGAAUGAGCACAAACUCCAAAAAGUCUAUCACGUGUCCAUAACAUCUGAUGGCCCCGGGCCUAAAGCCAUUUGCCGACAAGCCUUGAAGAGGGGACCACCAGAGCAGCUUCCUGAGCCAUCUAGGAGCCCGAGGAGAGCCUUCUGGGGUCACAAUAAGAAUGAGGGUCCAUCUGGCAAUUACCAGUCUGAUGCGGACUAUCUGAGUUGCUCGUUAGCUGAUGAGGAUGAUGAGGAGGAUCUAGACACUUUCGAGGAUGGGUUGCUUACAGAAGAAAUCCCUAUGUGCAGUUCUGCUCAGCAUUUUUCCCAUAGCGGAUUGAAAGUCAUUGAACACAGAGUUGAGACGUUCCCUUCCAAGGAACCUCAAGGCAGGCGACUAACCACACAGCCUCUCCCUAAAAAUGCUUGCAGAAAGACUGACUCCCCUUCUCCUCCACCUUGCACCACUUUGCACAACAGGAGCCCAAAAGAGGCACAGCUGGGGAACUCCGCUGAAUUGUCCACUUUCUCUGAAACCAAUGGGUCAAAUGUCUACGUUGAACCUAGGACUUAUAAGGAGUCCACCAGCAACCAGCACAUACUUGAUAAUGUUUUGCACAACAUUGCACAUCCAGAGACGUUGACCGAAAACUUGGAGGCAGGUAGCCUGGGUGGCAGUCACAGCAGUGCCAAUGGCGACUCUGUCGGGGUUCUGUCAUCUGAAGACCCAUCAAAGGAAACCUCACUUCCUUGUAUGCAAGAUCAAAAGCCACAGACUGCCGAUGGAGAAGACCCCAGCUCAUUAGCGAGGACUCCUCCUGGGCUUGCCCGCCUCUGCUCCCCAGGAAGUGGUAACACGGCAGUCAAGAGGAAGCUUCUUCCUUCCACCGAGAUGGAUGAAUCCUGUUCUGAAGAUGAAGGACUUGGCAAAAGAUGGAGAGGAAGUGAGAGCUGUCAGACACUCCUUGGGUCCUGCAGAAGCACAGAUUCCAAGGCCGCACCUUUUUGGAACCAUCUUUUGCCAACAGCCAGGAACUCGCAGAAGAGCCCAACGGACUGUACGAGUCGGAGGACAAAGCGCGGUCUGCGUCUGAAAUCUCGUACUUUACGCAGUCUGAGGAAAGGACAAGCAGGGAGGAGCUGCACUGGAAACUGGGCAAAAUCUUGCAUCAGUCGAUCGCUGCUUGGAAACUUUGAGGAGUCCAUUCUGAGAGGAAGAUUCGCUCCAUGCGGUCAGAUCGAAGGUUUCACCGCUGAAAUUGGCGCCAGCGGUUCGUACUGUCCUCAGCACGUCACUCUUCCAGUUGAAGUCACUUACUUUCACAUUUCCGAGCACAGCGCCCCCUCGCCCUUCCUGGGAGUGAUUGAUCUUGAAGCCGUUGGCAGGAAGGGCUACAGUGUCCCCAGCACAGGAACCAUACAAGUGACCUUAUUUAACCCCAACAAGACCGUGGUGAAGAUGUUCCUCGUCACCUACGACUUUAAGGACAUGCCCGUCAACCAUAUGACUUUCCUGCGUCACCGGAUCUUCCUGGUGCCAGUGCAAGAGAAUGAUGGAGAAAACGAAGGGCAACACAGUGCCUCCGGAGGAGCUGCUGCUAAGGAGAAAGCCAAGAGGAUCCUGUGCUACCUCAUGCAUCUGAGGUUUCAGCGCUCAAAGUCUGGAAAGAUAUACCUCAACGAAGACAUCCGCUUAUUGUUCUCCCGAAAAUCCAUCGAGAUGGACACUGGCAUCCCUUAUGAACUGAAAUCCUUCACCGAAGCCCCUAAGAACCCCAAAUACUCUCCAAGGCUAUAGGGACUGAGCCCAGGGAAGAGGCAUGAGGCUCUGAUACACCCUCACCUCACCCCCUGAAGAUUACGCACACCUUUAUUUAUUAAAUGCACUCCCCGAUUUAAAAAAAAAAAAAAUCUUCAAAAUCCCCCACCCUUACCUCCUGUCCCUUCCACCCAUCUUCCAUCUGGGUCCCACCAAAAAAUUUACAGAUGGAAUUCAAUGUCUGGAUAAUUUUUAUGUUUUAUAUAGUUUAAUUUUAAGGUAAAAAUGGUUAAUUAUAAUGAGAAGCGAAUCGCACAAUAUUCGCACUCCACGCUAAGGAACACCUUCUGUUAAUGAAUCCGAAAGUGAUGUCAAGUUUUUACGCCUAUGUCCGCAGAGCCAGGGAGUAACUGAAAGUCUGAGGUCACCUGAUUUGACACCUACGAAUUUACUGGGGGGGGGAGAUUUGGAGCCUCGCCAAUAUCUGUGAGAGAACCCUAACCUAAGACUGAUCUCAUCAGUGUAGCUAUGAACCAUUACCUUACUCGGAGGCCAUCUUGAAUUCAAUUUUUAUUAUUAUUUGUUUUUUUACACUGCCGUUGUCUCAGAUGCAAAAUGGAUCUGCCAUUUUUCAGAGGUUACUUUUAUUUUUAAAGAUAGACCUAAAAGUAUAAAAAAAAAACUUUCAAUCCAGAUUAUUUUGAAAUAUUCCUGAUUUACAGACAUAGUGAAACAAGUAUAAUUUUAAUUUGAAGGACCGCAUUCUGAAGUUAAAAAAAAAGUUAAAAUUCCCCCCCCCCCCCUUCUAAUGAUAUUCUGGAUUAGCAGGCAGGGCUGUAGGAAAUGUUUGACUAUGCGAUGCUGGAUUAAAGGAAAUUUGCGAUUAACUAAAGAGAAUCCAACGCUGAAUGCCUUAGAUGAGGACAUCUAUAGUAUGUCCUGACUCCGCUAAACGGCCCCAGAAAAAGAGGUGUGGAGGAUGAGAGCGCCACCCUCUGAUUCCACAUUUUUUUUUUUUUUUACGUGUAUUUUUUUCACGGAUGACACGAUAUCAUGCUGAGACCAUCACAUGACGUGUCAUAAUCAUCAGGUGAUGCCAUGGGAAGAGAUCCAGGAGUUAUUCAAUUACGCCCACGUUUUGUUGAAUCAGCUGUCGUAUAGGACCGGAAGCCACGCCAGGUCAACUCUGUGGCAUAGAUGGUGGACAUUACCUGUGGCAUUGCUGCUGGCUUACCAGGGUGGUGCCAGGAAACCACUCUGCCUCAGGGCGCAUUCACACGACCGUGUAGUGUGUCACGGUCUGCAAAUUGCGGAUCCGCAAAACACUGAUGUUGCCCUUUCCGUUAUUAAUAGAAAUGCCUAUUCUUGUCUGCGAUUGCGGACAAUAAUAGGACAUGCUCUAUAUUUUUUGCGGGGCCGUGGAACGGCGUGCUGUCCGCAUCUUUUGCGGCCGCAUUGAAGAGAAUGGGUCCGCGCUCCUGUAUCAGGGUGUUCAGAUACAGGACUAGGGUAAAAAUGGCACCCCUACUAAAGAAAAAUCAGCUACACCUCUGGGUCAACUCCUCAUUGAGACUUUCAGCAUAGCCGAGAUGGGUCACAAGUUAUUUCCUUGCAGUUUUUUUUUUUACUCUCUUCUUCUUAGAAACCGGAAGUUCCCUUUAACUGGUUAGUCUGCGAUGUCCUAAUGACAUCCUGGUGGCCAUUAUGUGAAGUGACAGGGCGUUAUGUUAAUUAUACUUGCCAACAGUCCCUGUAUAGUUGCUCAGGAUGGCUCAUAAAUGGCGUCUGUUCUGUGUGCAUCCAUGUCCGUCCUAUCCGGCUCCUCCCCUCGCGCAGUCUCUGCGUACAUACAGUACAUACAGAUUAAGAUGCCUCAAAAUACUUCUUUUUUUUUUUUUGUCAUCCGUGAAUACAGAUAGAAACACAGCGAGACUUGAGGGAUUUACAGUCUACGAACAUAAGCAAUAAGGAUUAGAAUUUUAGGCAAUUCUCUUAAUUUAUUUUUAUUUUUUUAGUGUUUUAGGGCAAAGGAUUCUGAAAGGUCCGAGCAGGUAGACUUAAAAAGGGCUGUCCAGGAUCGGAGUCCAUGGGACAGAGCUGCCAUACCGCACACAACCCAUAGACUGGUGUUUGGCGAAAAGCUGCCAUGUUUUUCCAAUCUUGGACAAACCUUUAAAAAAUAAAUAAUUAAUAAAAAAUAAAAAUAAAUUAGUCUCAAACUCUCUCUCUUGUGAUAUAUCUGUUUCUGGGAGAGGUCGGUGACAGUUUUACAGCUUCCGUUUCAGUCUCAUGCUUGCACACGACCAUGGGGCCACCGUGCCCGUGUUGUGGACCGCAAACCAAAGCCCAUGGAAGACCUUCCCGUGGGCUUCCGGGACCGUACCCCCGCACCAUAAAAGAUAGAACAUGUCCUUAUCUUUCGCCUCAGAUUGUGGACCCAUUGAAGUCAUAAGGAGUACACACGGCUGAUGCCUGUGGUUUGCGGUAACACGGGGCGCGGCAGCAACACGGUUGUAUGCAUAAGGCCUUAUGGACAGGUAGGACUGACGAAACCGCUGAAUUGACUAAAUACUUGAGGGAAGGUUUACAAGUUUUUUUGUUAGUUUUUUUUCCUUAAGCGUACUUUUUGAUUUUUAAAGGGGAAUUGCACCUAAAUCAUCAUCUAACAUGUUCUGUUCUGAAAAAGAAAAGCCAGAGGAGCCGCUAGCUGGAGAUAUCGGUGAGUGAAAUCAAUGGCGCUCUGUUACGAGCACUUUAGUGGAGAUUUUGCUGAAAAUCCCCAUGGUUAGAGGUAAAACUUUCCUCACAUAGGGACUACUGCGGCAGCCAUUUUGUGUCCUAUGUCUGUAUUCCUCGAUAUGCCGCAUUCUUGAAAUGGUCGCCUCAUUCAUUAAACAACUGGAGCAGUUAACGACUGGUGGUGUUGCCCAUAGCAACCAAUCAACUUACCCCUUUUAUAAUGACUGUUGGCAAGCAGAUUGGUUGCUAUGGGUAAUACCUCUAGUGAUGUGAUUGACCCCCAGCUGAUUUGGCCACCUACCGUCGGCAGGGGCCCACUUUAAAAGUUCGACUCAAGUGUGUCACAAUUGUUUGUUAUUUUAAAGGCAUUGCCGUGCAUAUUUAAUGUGUUUUAUGUGUAGAAAACAGUUUCUUGGUAGCGAGCAGUUACAUUUUCACACUGCAUCACAAAAGGGGUUAAACAUAUGUGCCAAAUCAUGUCACCCGUGUAUACCCUGACCCUUGCCGUCUUCAUUUAAGAAUAAACUGGCAAUAUACAAGA